ACAAAAAGAAUUUCGCUGCCCUAUCCCUCUCUCAAGCUCUUUCAUCGAUCUCGAUCUCACCGUCGACGCCGAUCUACAUGGAGGCCGCUGCCGGCGGAGGAACGUUGUCGGAACUCUAUCAGAACGCGCGGCGGCUUCUCCUCCGGACGAGGGAUACUUUGGAAAAGCUUGAGCGGCUAGACUCUUCUUCGUUCUCCUCCUCUUCCUCCACAUAUUCCUCAUCGCUGCCGUCUUACGCAUCGGCGGCCGGUGCUGGGCUGGAUCCGGCGGAUCUAUCCUUUUCAAUCAAGCGGGAUGUCACCCAAAUACAAUCCCUCUGCGCCGAGAUGGACCGUCUCUCGCGCUCUAUUGGCGCCAAGGGCCAACGCGAUCUCUGGAAAAGAAAAGUAGAACAGGUAGCGGCAGAGGCUGACUCACUUAGAGAAAGCCUGGACAAGCAUGCACUGCGGCAGCAAAAAAAGGUUCAGGAGGCUAAAGAGCGAGCAGACUUAUUAGGAAGAGCGAAUGGCGACUCAGAACAUAUUCUGAGGAUUUUUGAUGAAGAAGCUCAAGCAAUGCAAUCAGCUCGCAAUUCUCACAUGAUGCUAGAAGAAGCAUAUGCCACUGGAGUAGCUGUCCUUUCAAAAUAUGCUGAUCAGAGAGACCGCCUAAAGAGAGCUCAAAGAAAAGCCCUGGAUGUUCUCAACACUGUUGGACUCUCUAACUCUGUACUGAAACUCAUCGAGAGGCGUCAUCAUGUUGACAAGUGGAUCGCAUAUGCUGGUAUGGUGAUCACAGUUGUUGUAAUGUACAUGUUCUGGAGGUGGACCCAUUGAUUUUUUUUGCAGCUGGCUCCUGAUGUGCUGGAAUUAAAGCCCUAUGUUGAACCACAUGCUUUGGGAAAUGCUCUGAGAGUUAAAUGUACUUAACCUCCACAUUAAGCAUUUGUAUUUGUCUCACUUUGGACCAUUUCUGGCUGGUUAGCUUAGCUAGUCUUUUGGUUGCUCCAAUUUCUAGCUUGCUAAAAAAAAUCAUAGCAUCUGAUAUUAUUAACAAAAAAAAAAAGAUUGUAUAUGCAAAAAUGGGACAUGUUUUAGAGGGAUGGGGAAGAAAUCUGUAAUAGUAUAGUUGAUCAUUGUUCCUUUUUGUUGAUUGAAGCUUCGUUUGAGACGGUUUUCUUAUUGCUUUUUAAAACAGUUUUUUAGUACAAAAAAUAAAAAUUUUGUACUAGAAAGUUGCUUUCAAAAGCAGUAAAAAAGUCAUCCCAAACAAAACCUAAUGACCUGAUCUCUUCAACCAAGCUUAUUGUUUUAAGAAGUACCAUUACUGAGUAUUCUUACACAUCAUAUUGUGCUCAUUUUACCUAUUGCAGUACUUGAAAUAAUCAAAUUUGGUUGUAUGCAA